UAAACCACGUGUGUGUCACCCGUGCGGCUCGGAUGCCUCUUCCCUCGGCCUUGCUCCCCGCGCUGCUGCUGGGGCUGCUGUCGCCGUGGCCCGGGCGCGGGGCCCCGCUGCCCGCUCCGCACAACGAUACGUUGGAGAGGCGCUGGGAGACCCUCUUCUCCCGCUCCAUGGCCCGGCUCCCCGGGGACAGGAAGGACCAGAGCCGCGAUGGGGACUAUCUGCUGGGCAUCAAGCGGCUGCGGCGUCUCUACUGCAACGUGGGCAUCGGGUUUCACAUCCAGGUCCUCCCCGACGGCAGGAUCUUCGGCGUCCACAACGAGAACCGCUACAGCCUGCUUGAAAUCUCGCCGGUGGAGAGGGGUGUGGUGACGCUGUUUGGGAUGAAAAGCCAGCUCUUCGUGGCCAUGAACAGCAAGGGCAAGCUCUAUGCAUCCAUCUACUUCAACGAUGAGUGCAAGUUCAAAGAAAUCCUCUUGCCCAACAACUACAACGCUUAUGAGUCCAGAAGCUACCCGGGGAUGUACAUCGCCCUGAGCAAAAAUGGAAAAACCAAAAAAGGAAAUAAAGUGUCUCCCACAAUGACAGUCACCCAUUUCCUUCCCAGGAUUUGACCCACCCAGGACCUUACCUCAGCCUAGGGAGACCCUGUGGGAGAGGGGAGAAAUUGGACAGGGAGAAGGGAGACUUGGUGCACUUUCAAUGGAGAGUUUUAUGAAACAGUAGAUGUAACAUAUUUAAAUUAAUUAUUUAAAUCUGUAUAUAUUGCCAUGAAAUUAUUUAUAGGUUUUUUUGAUGAGGUUUUUUUUUCAAAACAGAAAAAACAAACCGUACUUAAUGGUGCAACAGUAGAGAACUUCUGCCUUUCAAUUUAUUUAACUUUUUUAAGUUAUCAAAGGUGUGCUGCUAUUCCAUGUUUUAAAAUCAGUGGAAAUGGAUUCCUAUAUCAUGUUUUGCACUGUUUUGAUGUUGUACAGUGUUGUCAGUGUGUAUAUGUAUUUGUUUGUAAAAACAGAUAAGGUCUUAGGUUUGAAAAUGAACUCUUGUAUGAGAGCCUUUAUCGGUUCCGAUGCUCUAGCUUGUAGCACCCUACAAUGUCUGACCUCCUUUGUGCAGUGUUGCUAUUUAAUUGAAACGGGAUCGGUUUACUUCUGGUACAGAAAGUGCAGGGUUGAAGUCCUACCCCACCAAUCUGUUUUUAGAUCUGCCAAGCCUGAACUCUGAACUUUCCUGCAGUCAAUCUUAGAAGAUAUACCAGGCAUAGAGACCCUUAAGCAACCUAUAUAAACUCUGUUUCCCGUUUUUUUAGAUAAGUUUAAAAAUUAUAGCCGAUGUACUUCAUGGCUAUUAGAGAAAAGACACAUUAGACAAAAUUACUGGGCAGAUAUGGUCUAAAGGUUUGUCAGAAAAUAAUGAUUAGAAAAAAAGAAACUCUUUUGUCACCCCACUGGAAUGCUAGGAAAUGUAAAGUGCAAAUAUUCAUUUUUUAAAAAAAAAGAAUCGAUGUUGUUGAUCUCCAGUAAAUUCUAAAUAUAAUUCAUAAAUCAAUGUGAUUUUUCAAGAGACUCUAGUAUAUAUCCAGGUAAUCGAAAUUUCCUUUACGUGUGUGUCUGUGCAUUUAUUCAAGAAAUGCAGUGUUUGGGAGGAGAAAUAUGCUGCUCUUUUCUAUGUCUCAUUCCCUGGCAAAGUUGAUUAAUUUCUACCUCACUAAUUCUUAAAGCCAAUCUCCUAACAAAAUCUGCAUCAAAACAACACACUUUUUUAUUUCUGUUCAGAGAUACAAUUCCAGGCACAGGAAUUUGCAAUCCCAAAUUUCUGGUUUUCCAUAUGUAGCCACAAAGUAUUCCAGAUAGAGUAGGUUGCAUCCCAUUUGAGCCUCGUCACGUUUGAGCUAUCUUUACCCAGUGCUUUACUUUUAGUAAGGAUAAUCAUGGUGAAAAUAUUUGCAGACAGCUGUUAGAGUGCACUAUAUGGUCAUCAAGUAACCCUAUAUUUUUCUUUAUAUAUUUUGCAAAUGUAACCCCUGUCACUACAGCAAAGAAGAGACAGGUUUGGUAAUGAUUUUUUUAAAGUUACAAAGAGAUGACAAAUGUUUUAUUGUAAUUGAGAGGUUUCUAAAGUUUAUAUAAAAUGACCUUAGGUCGUCAUCAGAAAUGACUGAAACGUUUAGUAAAUACUUCUAAUACUCUUCUAGGAUGUUCGCAUCUCCCAAAUUAACUUUAUGGUCACUCACAUAUAGAAAAGCUAUGGAAAUUCUGAGUUGGGCUUUUGCUUUUUUUUACAUUCCUUUUUUUUGAAAGUCUUUGUUCAAAUCCAAUCACAAAUCUAGUUGCAUAUACUGUACUUAGCUGUGGCCUAGAAGAAUAAAGCUAAUCACCAAAGUCCAUCAAAAUCAGUAUAGUGCCAGAACAGUUCUUGAACUGUAGCUUAUGCAAUACAAUGGAAACAAAUAUACCCCAAAACUAGCAAAUGUCAAAGAUGGUGCUUGAAGAUUUCAGUGCUGUU